AUUGUUAUACUGGACAUAAAUUGUAUAAAUAAAGUGAUGAUAGGCUAGAACAUAUUAGUCGUGAAAACAAUCAACCAAUCAAAAUGGUUUUAAAACAUGUAUCUUUGGUUCUACUCUUUUCCUGUGUAUUUCUUCAUCACUCAUACAGCCAGGAUGAUUGUGCACCCGAACCUAUCCUGCAACUUAUGAUUUCGGCCAACGCUACCCUUUAUUGGACCUUGGACGAAUUCCAAUACUGCGAGAUAACACAUUUCCAAGUAAACGUCACUAACGACAGUGGAGAGGGUUACUUCUACGAGGUUACAGAGAACUAUUUGGAUCUGUCUUUCCUCGAGAUCUGCGAGGAGUUCAAUUUCACUGUUAUCCCCAUGUCCUACGAAGGAGUGGGAUUCGGUCGCACAUUGAGUGUACCCCUUCCACUACCACCGGAUGCUGACCUAUCCUUGACCUCUUUCAAAGCCACCUCACUGGAAAGCAAAGACGUUCUGGUGGAAUGGGAUUUGGUCAACAACACCUAUGGAAACUGCAGUCUUUACUACCAGUUGAGAGUCACCGAUGAAGAUCUAGACACGACUCAAGACGUUUACGUAUGGGAGAACUCGGUCGAUUUGACUUUCCCCCGGCCUUGCAUCUCGCACCAUGUGGACAUACGAGCCAUCAACGGUGCUCAGCCUAACAUUGAAGGAGCAUGGACAACGCCGAUACAUUUCUACAUGCCUGCAAAACCUCAAAUAAUUCCUUCACUGUUCGCCAUUGACAUCGGGACAACGUCUGUCAACAUGACAUGGACCUUGGAAGGUAUAUCCAACAGAUGUCCACUGAAAGCUCUCUACUUGGAUGGUGGCAGUUACUUCAAUAUAUCUGUGCCGAUACAAAACGUGGAUUCAGAUCAGGUCCUGGUGGAACUUAGAUCGCUUCAGUCCAACAGCAUGUACUACUUCAACGUCUAUGUUGAGAACAGCGGCGGGGUGUCACCAGCUUUCAAUUUAGCUGUCCAGACCCUUGACAUCAAUUAAUAAUUAUCUAGUUGCGUUGUAGAUCAAGUUUGUUUCUAUAUUAAAUAAGUUAAAAAAUGA